CUGUUGAAUUACACGCUGCCGAUCAUCAAAGACGCGAAGUGUUCAGUUUUGAAAGGCUUGGUGCUCGAUGGAUAUCGGUUUGGCGGACCUUUGACUGUAGAGUCUCAAGAGGAUGUAAAAUUGAAGGGGAUGAAGAUAGGAAUGUACGAUGAAUGUGUCACACCCACGGAUUACAUCAUCGUAAAAGGUCUAAGACGAGAUACUGCACCAGACAACUCAUAUCAGUCUGGCGGCUUGAUUAAAUCUAUAGAUUAA